AUGCUUAAACAACUCCCCUGUAACCCCUCCGACGCCGAAGCGCUCGCAACCCUCUACCUUCAAUGCUUCACCACCCCCGUGGACCAGCGUCUCUGGCCCAACACCCCCGAGAUCCACGCUUGGUGGGUAGCCAGCUUCACCCGAAAACUGACGGAGGGGCUUGAUAAGUACCACAUCCUGAAGGUCAUUGAUACGGAGAAAUAUGACGAGCUUGUCGGAUUCUUGGAGUGGAAGCUUCCUGCCCCCAUACAGCAAGAUCAACCAGCGAACGGCGAUGAGAAUAAGGACUCUGCCGAGGGAAAAGACCCCGAAACCCAAGAACUCCUCGCCACGUACCCAUCUCACGUCGGUGAUAUUGGGCUUCUCAAGGAAACAUUGGAGCAGUUUAGAUCUAAAAUUGGGGGUAUUAUGGGGGAGAGGAGGUUUUAUUAUCUCAACAUGCUUGGCACGAAGCCAGAGUACCGACGACGGGGCGUCGCGUCGGAGAUGAUCAAGUGGGGAACAAGCCGCGCGGAUAAAGAGGGUCUCGAAACGUUUGUGGUAUCUGCUCCUGGGGCAAGGCCCGUGUAUCUGAGACAUGGAUUUGAGCUUGCGAGUGAGGGAGAAGAUCUGGGGGAUUUCGUGCCUUGGUAUAUGGUUCGGAAGCCCACGGUUGAGGCAAAGAGAGAGAAGAAGAGAGAGGUGGGAUAUGCGAAGUGGUUGUUGGGAGUCUCUGCUGUGCUUGGGGUCGGGGCUAUUAUUUACCAGAGGGUGUAUAGGAGAGCGUUGUAG